AUGAACUUCCGAAUAAUACCAACGAUUCAUCAAACUAAAAAUACUCGUCCCAAAAGAACAUAUAAAAAAUGGCAAACGUUAGAUCCUCCUUCUAAUGAUCCCUCAGACGAUUCUCCUUCUAAUGAUCCCUCAGACGGUCUUAAUGAACUUCUGAAUAAUACCAACGAUUCAUCAAACAAAAAUACUCGUCUCAAAAGAACAUAUAAAAAUG